AUGGCGUCCAAUAAUAUGUACAGAUUCGGGGACUUUGUAUACUUCGAGCCCUCGGCAACUGCUCUGUUUCAAAUCCGUCGAAUCCGCGAACUGAAUAAAACUCGCACCGGCGCUGUUGAGGCUAAGGUUGCUUGCUACUUUCGUCGACGAGACGUAUGGAUCGCACUGAUCAAUCAGGCUGAGAAAUAUUUUGUCAGUGACUAUGAUUCAGAUGAAGAUUGUUCGGAUGCUAGUGGAAAGUCAACCGGUACACCUAAUGGCUCCAACAAACGGUCGCACUUUGCAAUAUUCGAAGUGGAUAAACAUCAAAUCAAGCAUCGGGAGCUGUUCCUCUCACGUCAUAUCGAAUGUUUACCGGCUACACACAUACGUGACAAGUGCUCCGUCACCUUGUAUAACGAUUUCAAACCGCUGACCAAUUACCUAAAACGGGAAGACGCAUUCUAUUACAAGCUGAUAUAUGAUCCCUCGUUAAAAACCCUGCAAGAAGACAGAGGAUCUAUGCGUAUCAGAUCGGAUCAUCAAUCAGAAAUCCAACCAUUCCUCAAAGAUUCCUCGACGGAUAGCCGUUUGAACACUCAUCUUGAAGAGUUGGUUUGGAAACCAGGAUCCAUGACUGACGAGGAAAUCGAUAUGUUUUGUCUUCUUGUCAGAGCUGUGGGUACUCUUGGACGGGCCUACGAUCCCAGCUCGGCAACCAGACAGCCUCUGUUACUAGGCGCGGCUACCGCAGCCGGACGUGAUAUUACCAAACAAUACGCACAUGAUCCUUUGCAUCGAGCGAACUAUGAUCUAAAAAAAGCCAUAUCACUAUUGCUUCCAGGUAACCAACCGGUAAUUUGCCGGGAUCAACUUGAGGAAUGGUCUCCUAGUGAAGCUCAACUUUUUGAGGAGGCUUUUGAUAAGUAUUCCAAGACAUUCGCGGAAAUUCAGACGGAAUCUUUGCCCUGGAAAACACACAAGUCAGUGGUGGAGUUGUACUGUUUUUGGAAAACUACUGACCGGUACGUGAGACAGCGUUGCAUGAAGUUGGCCGCUCAGGAACACAAACUAAAACAAGGGUACAUACCAAAUUAUAGCAAACCAAAUCCUGCUCUGCUCUACAAUGGCUCCGACAAAGCCGGUCGUGGUUGCGAAGGCUGUUCCGCUACUUCUUCCUCGCAGUGGUACCACAGCGAUGGGCUGAGGAGGCGGUGA